CGAAAGGUUUUCUUCCCGCACACAAGUAGCAAGCCGUUGGGGAAAAACCGAAAAAGAGGGCGAGCGCACAAGGGAGGCGACCAGCGGCCGACGGCGCGCGGCGGUAGACGGCGGCUGCAGGGGCAGGUUAUUUGAAGUAUUGUUAGGAACGAUUGAAGGGCUGCUGCUGCCGGUGCCGAGCACCUCCCUCGUGUGGCACCUCUUCAUGUUACGGCCGGCCAAGGCAUGCAUGCUGACGACCAAGUACCGCCUCGCCGUCGGUGACCGCCAUGGCCUUCACGCGCGUGGAGCUUCGGUGCCCCAAGACGCUUGACCCCUGCACGAGCUGGACCCUCAGGGACGUCCUCACCGAGUUUGAUGCAUUUGAAGCCACCCGUCUUGCCGCGCCGCCUAUGCCCCUCAAGCAGCCGCUGAAGUGGGCUGAUGGUGGCAGCAGGAGGGAGAAGGCUUUUGUCAUGCGGGUUGAGGAGGAAGGCGACACGGAAGACGAAGAUGAUGACAGUGAUGAGGAUGCCCGGGCUCUUGUAGCACACGGAGCGAGGUUUUCAUGUAAUGAUAUCGAAUCAAGUGACUCUGAAGAAUCAGGGGAUGAAUUAGAUGGUAGGGUUACACCAUACCACCUGAUGGAGAAAAGGAGCCUGGAGAAGAGUAUUCUACUUGAGCUGGAACGCGAGCAUCGUCUCAAAAUUCAAGAGGAAGUUAGAAGUAAGUUAUCUGCAUUGGAGGUAUGCCACCAAAAUGAAAUCCAGAGAACAAUCUCUGCACUUGCUCGACUUCAGAAAUACGCAGAAUCAAGGAAAGAGAUAGAUAGAAGGCUAGAUGUCCACUUCCAGAGGAAAAUUGCAGAAAUACUCGAUAAACACUUGUCUAUGGUCCAAAGGGACCAUAAACAAAAAUCCCAGAUUGUAGAACGUAGAAUAAGAGAUGAUGCAGCUAUUGAGGAAGCUAAAAGAAGGGAGCAAGCUAUGAAGGAAGAUAAAAUAAAGCAGGAAAGGACCAGACAAGAAGCAGAGGCUAGGCAUAAGGCAGCUGCUAAAUUAGCAGCUGAAGCACAAAAGGCAGCAUAUGAGGCUGCUCAGAAGGAAGCUGCAGAAACCGAAGCUGCUAAAUUGAGAGCAGCAGCAGUUUCUCAGAACAGUGUUGCACAUGCAACAACGGUAAACAAGGAAGAAAUCAAAUCAGAACUACCAGGGAUCAAAGUUUUUGCUGAUAGUUCUGCAUUAGAAGCAGAAUCACGGAGGCAUGCACUACACGAUCAAGUUCCAUCAAACAUUUACCUCAGCAAGGAAUUUAGCAAAUAUGACCGGCAAAUUGGAAAAUCCAUCAGUAAACUUAUGCCAACUACUGACAGUGUCAAAGCUAGAGCUAGUGAGCUUAUUAAAGCUUUAGAUGGACAUGAUUGUCCUCGUCCAAUCGCUUGUCGUUUGUUUGCAGACAAGAUUAUUUCAAUUGUCAAGAGUCGAAACCCAAAGGACAAAACCUUUGGAAAUUUGGCCUUUGCCUGUGGAUAUGUCAUGCUGCUAGUCACUAACCAGGUACCAGAGGCAAUGGAUUAUCUUCUAGCGGAGUUCCACAAAGUUUGCGUAUACACAGUUCCAAAGCAUAUGCAUGCUUUAAAUGCACACGCACGGAACAGAGAUUACUACAGACUGAUUGGCUACCAGGAAGAAAAUGGACAACUUGAGAGCACUGAGAAGUAUUUGACCAACAUUGCUGCAUAUGUGAAACUGUAUGCUGCAACGAUUCAGACAGAAAUCAAGGGUGUGCAUCAUCCACAUGGCUUAGCAGAGGGAUGGAAAUGGCUUGCCAUGUUCCUCAAUACUCUCCCUGCCACCACAGCCACUGCUUGUGCGCUUCAUGCUUUCCUCAAGAUGGCUGGUUUUGCACUUCACAAGAAAUAUGGAUCGCAGUUCAUGAAAGUUCUAGAUGUAAUAUCACGGUGCUUUCUACCAGUUUUGAAAGAACAAGGCUCAAAAGUUCAGCCAGAGGCUGUCAAUAAUUUACAGAAUUAUCUGAAUGACAAAAUUUAUCUCGAGGAGCCAGAAGGGCAGUACCUCGCCCAGCAGCUGCUAUCUAAAGUGUUCAUGUGAGAUCAACACUGGAUCUGCAUGGUUGUCUCAUAUGGAUGGCACAAAGUUUGUUAUCCAUUAUCACCAGUUGCCAGAUGGUGUUCAUGUGCUCAGAAAGCAUCUACAUCGUCGAGGGAAUAAUCUCCACUGUUAUAACUUACAGAAGCCUGAAAAUCUGAUGAAGAUUACUUUUUAUAGUCUUCCUGUUGUAAUAGUAGUUGUCUUGAGCCUAAGGAUAGAUAAAGGUUAUGCCAUUUGAUGUAUGUCUGACCUGAGUUCAGGUCUCAAGUCUGUUCUAGGCUCCCAUUGCAUCUGCGUGAAUGCAUACCCAUUCGAGUUAAUUUGGAUCUUAGGGUUACGCCCCUCCAAAUUGUUGUAUCUGACCUAACAAUUAAACACUUUCAAGAUGACUGGUAAUAAUGUGGAUACAUCAUCGAGUAAUAAUUUGGAUACAUCAUAGGAUGGCUGGAUGGGUAUGCCGCAAGAAGUUCUGGUUACCGUCUGCAUUUUGAUCAUCCAAGUUGGCCUAGAAGAUUAUAAACACGGAACUGUUGUUCAGUGGAUAAUCUAGAUGUAAAUGUCUUUUCUUUUCAACAUUGUAGUUUCUUUCAA